AUGCGCGCCGCUCUCCUCCUCCCGUGCGUGUUUGCGCUCGCAGCCGCUUCCGGCCCGAUAGCGCGGCACGGCGGGCACGACGACGACAUGAUGGACGGCGACAUGAUGGGCGGCGAGAUGAUGGCGAGCGCCAGCGAGCCCAGCGACCCAAAGUGGACGGCCACCUCUGCGGCGGCGGGAGGAGAGGCGGCUCCGCGUCCCUUCGGCACGAUGACGGAGUCGGUCCAGCCGUCACCCACGCCCGGAUCCGACGACCACGGCGACUCCCACGACACGCCCGCGCACCACGACGACCACCACGACUCGCAUGAGGCUCACGACGCGCCGCCCGAUCCCCACGGCCACCACUCGCACGCUCCCGUCAAGGAGUUCCUGAACGACACCGAGAUCCACCGCUGGCACAAGUUCCCCCCGACGUAUCUCGACGCCGACUUCCGGCUGACCCAGGACUCGGUCAUCUUUGGCGAGGAGCUGCCCGAGAACUGGCCGGGGGACACGCCGAGCCACCCCGGUCUCAUGGUUCUGCACGUCGCCGCCAUGUGCUUUGCGUACUUUGGCGCUCUCCCCGUUGCUCUCUCGCUCCGUGCUGCGGGACAUCCGAGCCACUACCUCGUGAACACUGGCUUCAUCGCGCUGGCCGUGUUUGGGUGGAUCAUGGGUAUUGCCUACAAGGCGGCGAUGCCUGACUUCUACCCCGGCGCCAAGCACGGCGGGAUCGGCAACAUUCUCGUCCUGUUGUCCAUCGGCCUCGCGGUGCUGGACAGCAUGGGCCUGAUCGCGCGCGCGAUCGCGUUCUACCGCUCGGGCUCGCGGGACUGGAAGAACUUCUUCUUCGACGCCCUGCAGGGCGCCAAGGAGGACCGCUUCGGCGAUGCGUCGCGCUACGAGAUGGUCGGGUUCAACGAGCGCGGGUCGAAUGCGGUCUUUGAGCUCGGCGACGACGGCGACGACGAGGACGGCCUCGAGUCGCGCCACUCGACCGGCUCCGAGGGCACGCUGCAGGACACGCCGUCUGCGUCCUCUGCUGGCUCGGCGCACCACUUCGAGAUGGGCGACCGGCCCAAGGGCAAGUCCGUCUCGCGGCGCCAGGGCGCAUUUGACGCGCACCACGAGGACGACCAGCACGAGCACGAGGAGCCCGAGGUUCCCGUCGUCGCGGAGAAGUACACGGCGAUGCGUAUGGGCGAGAUCGCCCUGACGUGGGUGCGCCGCACGCAGGUCGUGAUUGCCUAUGUGUGCAUCUGCACCGGUAUCCCGACGUAUCUGGGCAUGUGCCGUGCGGGCUUCAUCAACACGUGCGCCGCGCACAUCAUCAAGGGCAGCAUCUUUUUCGGGUACGGCGUGCUCACGUUUGCGCGCUACCUGGGCGCCUACGCCGACAUGGGCUGGGCGUGGAACCGCAAGCCUGCUGGCUCUCGCGCCGUCAGCGCCGAGAUGGUCGAGUGCUUCGUCAUCUUCCUGUACGGCAUCACGAACACGUGGAUGGAGCGCUUUGGUGCACACAAGGGAGACCCCUACACUGUCAAACAGGUGCAGCACAUCUCCAUCGCGGUCAUGUUCUGGUUCGCCGGACUGGCCGGUAUGCUCCUCGAGUCGCCGCGCGUGCGCCGCGUCCUUGGGGCUGCGAUCCAUGCCGCCAACCCCCGCGCUAGGACCCCGCCCUCCUACGCGUUCAGCUUCAACCCCCUCCCCGCGCUCGUCAUUGCCGUCACGGGGCUGGCGAUGGCGGCACACCACCAGGACUACAAGUUCCAGGUCGCCAUCCACAGCCUCUGGGGCAUCCUUCUCGCUGGCGGAAGUGCAUGCCGGUUCCUCACCUACUUCUUCCUCUGGCUGCGCCCGCCUACCGAGUCGACGCUCCCCAGCCGCCCGCCCUCCGAGGUGCUGACGUCCUUCGGCUGGGCCGCCGGCGGUAUCGUCUUCAUGCUGUCUGAUGAGGAGGUCGCAUUUGCCGCCAUGCGCGCCGGGUUCGACGACAUGAUGGCCUUCCUCAACGUCACGGUUGCGCUCACGUGUCUCAUCUUCUGCUGGAUCGUCGUCGUGCUCGCCUGUAAGGGCUAUGCGCUGCUGCGUCUCUCGAAGGGCGUUUCGCUCGACAUUGAGUCGGCCUAA